CUGCUGCCCAUUGGCACAGCAGCGGGAGCAGGAGGGCUGCAAAGGGGAGGUUCCGAACGGGCCCCCUCUCCUCCCUGCAGCAGAAGAUGUGUGCUCCUCUGAGUGGGAACUGUUUGUGAAAGAGCUCAGAGUCCAGAGCCUGAGCGGUCAACUGUAAUUAUCAGGUGUUUUGAGCAGUUUUGGUCCCGACUGGACAUCCAACAGGUCUCUCCAUCUGAAGUGCAGCCACAGAAGAACUCUUGUGGCUCUGUCAAGCGUGGAGGCCAGAGAGAGAGAGAGAGAGAGAGAGAGAGAGAGAGAGAGAGAGAGUGAAAGAUGGACACAUGCGCCUGCGCUUUGGAGUUGCUGGGGAUGCUGGUCUAUGUCGGAGCAUGGCUGUGCGCUUUAACCACCACUCUCUUACCACAGUGGCUGACCAUGUCCACUGCUCUGCUGCCAGUGGAGAGCUACGAGCUGGGCCUGUGGGAGACAUGCGUGGUCCAGGAUGUCGGGGGUAUGGAGUGCAGAGCAUAUGACAGCCUGCUGGGCCUUUCCAGUGACCUCAAGCUGGCCCGUAUCCUCAUGUGUGCUUCCCUUGCUGUGGGCAUGCUGGGAAUGCUAGUGGCUAUACCUGGACUUUACCUGGUCAACAGCUGUAAAGAACGCGGAAGCUUCAGAACCAAGAGGACUUUAAUCAUCAUGGGAGGGGUGCUGGGGAUGAUCUCCGGAGUGCUGUGUCUGAUCCCCGUGUCCUACAUGGCCCAUUUAGCUGUGAUACGUUUCUUUGAUGAUAAAAUACCUGAUGUGGUGCCCCGGUGGGAGUUUGGUGAUGCCCUGUUCUGCGGCUGGGUCGGAGGAUUUCUUCUCAUAGUGGCCGGGCUCCUUCUGGUCACCUCUUGCUUAUGUUCACAGGAGGAGCCUCAGCCUGUGCUGCAGCGCAGAUACCAUGUCAUGAGUACAGAUGUUUCCUUCAGGAAGCGCUCCGAGUACGUUUAAGGGACGAAUCGUUAAAUAAUUACCUGCAUAGAGACUGACGGCACAACACAAUCAUCACCUGUAGAACUGCACUUCACACUGCUUCAAAAUAAUGAUGUCAAUAUCUGGUUUAUAUCAAAGACAACAUCCUGUGUAAGGGUUGCUUUAUCACUUGCGUUGAUCAAAUGUUGUGUAAAACAGUGAAAAUUAGUUUGUCCAAAACACCACCAAAUCCUCGGUGAAUUUGCAGCUUCUUUGAAUGACUCACCUGCACAAUCCCACAUUACAUUUGAAAAGAACCUGCUGUGACCAGUAAAAAUGAAUAUUUUUUUAAAAGCUAUGUUUUAUAAAAUGCUUAAUGUACUUUAUUCUGGGGUGGCGUCAGGAUCUUUCUCCUAUCAGUGCCAACAAAUGAAGAAAAUACUAUUUCCAGUCUUCCAGAAUGCCUUAGCUUUUAAAAUGCUGUGAUUUGUAAGUUAUUCUUAAUACUAAAACAUAGAGCAAGCACACAUUAUUCUGUGCCUGGUUAAGUUUGCUUAUGGGCUGUAUUGUGCAGCACAUUCGAAUGAAUCACAUAAAGAAGUAUACUGAGAUUUUAUUGAAAAGUUCUCUCUUUUUUCAUGUAAUAAAAAAGUAAUUUUC